GUCAUUGUUAUUCUAUUUCUUUUUGUGCAGUUGGAAAAAAGUCAUAAGAUUUUACAAAAGAAUUUUCAGAAUUUUCCUUAAAUUUAACACAAAUAAAAUACCGUGAAUUGAAGAAAAUAAUGUGAGAUAAAUUUAAAGAAGUAACUAAAAGAAUAUAAGAUAAUAAAAAGUGUUGAAAAUGUUUAUGAAAACGUUAAAAAACCCACAAAAUUAAUUAAGAAGAGGCAACUUGGUUGGGUUGAGAAAAGAAAAUAUUAAAAAAAAAUUAAAACAGAAACAGACGUCGUAGUAUUGUAACACCUUUUUUGUAAACUGCUAAUAAAGCAGUUUUAUUAAUUAUUUUUCAAACUGUUUAUAAAAGUGUGAGUGCCUAUAAGUGAAUAUAGUGUAGACAAGUAGAGAGUGUGGUGGUGUCGUCGCUUUUGGAAUUCCAUUGCAGUUUGCUAAGAGUGCAGGCCAGCAGGCAGGCAGGCAGACACCCCACUUUGAAACAUCCAUUAACAUUUGGUUUUAUAAACAACUUCGUACAUUAUGGGUGCCAAAGAAUCCAAACAGUCCUGCAUUAAUUAUGAGGAUGCAGUCAAACGUGUUUCCGAAUCCGAAUUAAGACGUUUGAAAGAGGCUUUUAAGAAAUCAGCAGGUGUGGGACGUUUCUAUUUAAGUCGUAAUGCAUUCCAACAAGAUGUCUUGUGUGAAGGUGUACCACCAAAUGUAACAGAUUUACUUUAUACCGCUUGUGGUGGUACCACAAAAGGUAUAUCAUUUAAAGAUCUUUUAUGUGGUUUAGUUUUAAUAACACGCGGUACUGAAGAAGAGAAAACCAAGUUUCUUUGGAAUCUAUAUUGCAAUGAUAAUGGCACUUAUAUUUUAAAAGCCGAUUUUACCAAGGCUAUUAGUUUACAUCCCUACGAAAGUGUUUCUUUGUUUUCCCAAACAGAUCGCAUCAAUUUUGAACAAUUUCAGGCCUGGAUUUUAAAAAAUCGUUCUUCUACCGUUUUAUCGAAAUGGUUAUUAUCUGAUAAUUGUAUAAGCUUGACUUCAGAGCUAGAAACACCCACAUUUUAUCAAAGUUUAGCGGGUGUAACACAUUUGGAAGAAAAGGAUAUAGGCGAUUUGGAGAAAGAGUUUUGGCGUUUAAAGAACUCCUCACCCAAUGGUCAAUUGGAUCUGCAGUUACUGGGGCCCUUAUUAAGUCCUCCCAUACCAAAAAAUGCUUUACAAGGUCUCUUUAAUGCUUUUGAUGAAAAUCGUGAUGGUCAUAUUGAUUUUAAGGAACUGUGUUGUGGUGUCAGUGCUGCUUGUCGUGGACCGGGAGUAGAACGCACCAGAUUUUGUUUCAAAAUCUUUGAUGUGGAUCGUGAUGGUAUUCUUAACCAUUUUGAAACUUUACAAAUGAUAAAUGUUCUAUUAUUUGUGGCCAAAGAAAAUCGUAAUGCUAACAUGUACAAAGAUAUAACUAAACAAGAAGCUUUAAAAGAUAUUGUUAAUUUUACCACUUUAAAAAGUGUGGAUAACCAAAAUAUGGACUCUUUGACAUUAGAAAAUUUAAAUGUCAAUUUGAGAGCUGAAGAUUUUAUGAUGUGGAAUGUUAAGAGCAGUUUGAAAUUAUUACAACCAUUUCUAGUGAUAUUUGAAGUUUGUCAUAUAGUAUUUGGUUUAUGGCCUCAAUGUCGUCAUAUGGAAUAUGAUAUUGUAAGAGGCUGGUUAGACCGUGAGGAAAAACGCAAAUAUCGUGUAGGACAAUUUUGGUAUUUAAUUUCUCGAGAUUGGUGGAUAACCUGGCUGCAAUAUGUCAACAAUAUCUCAACGACCUGUGAAUACUGUAGACAUACAGGGGCACAACAACGACAAUCCAACUACAAUUGUGGCAUAGACGAGGCUUUGGUAUGUGAUGAAUCGUUUAAUACCAACUCCUUGGAUUCCGUGGGUGUUGAAGUCUGUAUAACCAGCGAUAACUGUAGUAUGGGUUCCGCAAGUAGUGGUAUUUCCACGGGACGUAAUCUAGGUUGUCGUCCCGGUGCCAUAGAUAAUACUAAUCUAGUAACACCAAAUCCUUUUAAGAAUAUACGCACUUUAACCGGUGAGGGUGGUCAUUUGAAACGUGAUACUCCUUUAGUACAAAAUCAUGAUUUUGAAUUGGUUCCCAAGUCUUUGUGGAAAGCUUUAAAUCGUUGGUAUGGUGAUAAUUUACCUUUGCCACGACAGGUUAUACAACCGCCUAAUACCUCGGAAGUUGAGCUAGAAUUGUAUCCUUUAAAUGUGCGUAUUUUAUUGCAUCAAAGUGUGCCACAAAAUCAAACAGCUAAUAGUUGGGGUGCAGUACCGGGUGGCUAUGGUGUUUUAGCUUCUGGUGGAGGUUUUGCGGCCAUUUCCGCUUCCAGUGUUUUGCAGCCACCUAAACGUUAUCUGGCCUAUACCGCAGCCUUUAGUCGUUUAGCUACUGUACAGCAAAUAGGCAAUUUUCUUUGUGAACAAUUACGUCUACGUUCCGAAGACAUACGUUUGUGGCAUAUACCAGCUGGUCCUUUAGAUAAUACGGCCAUUUUAUUGGAAGAAGAUAAUGUCACACUAAAAGAAUUAAUGAUCAAGGAUAAUGAUCAAAUUUUGUUGGAAAUACGUAAUAAAGAUCAAACUUGGCCGGAGGAAUUGAGUUCUUUGUCUUUAACACAAACGGGAGUAACGGCAUUAAACGAUCGACGUUUAACAAGAUCCUCUAUAAUGUCUGUACAGGCCCCCGGAGCUACAGGUUUACAUAAUUUGGGAAAUACUUGUUUUAUGAAUGCUGCUCUACAGGUUUUAUUUAAUACACAACCAUUAGCUCAGUAUUUUCGUCAUAAUAUGCAUAUGUUUGAGCUAAAUACCACCAAUAAGUUGGGCACUAGAGGUUAUUUAGCCACUAGAUAUGGAGAGUUAUUAAAAGAAGUCUGGAGUGCUACCACUAGAUCGGUGGCUCCUAUAAAAUUACGGUUGUGUGUUACAAGGUAUGCUCCCCAGUUUGCGGGAGGCGGACAGCAUGAUUCUCAAGAAUUAUUAGAGUGGCUGUUAGAUGCUUUACAUGAAGAUCUUAAUCGGGUAAUGGAGAAACCCUAUAGUGAAUUAAAGGACUCUAAUGGAAGGCCAGAUAAAAUUGUGGCGGCCGAGGCUUGGCAGCAGCAUCAUGCACGCAAUCAAUCUAUUAUCAUAGAUCUAUUCUAUGGCCAAUUGAAAUCUAAAGUGAGUUGUAUGUGCUGUGGCCGGGAAUCGGUGCGUUUUGAUCCCUUCAGUUUAUUAAGUUUACCUUUGCCGGUAGAGAAUUAUAUAUACUUUGAGGUUUUGGUCAUAUUAUUAGAUGGUUCGGUGCCUAUCAAAUAUGGUUUACGUUUAAAUUCAGAAUCCAAGUAUUACGAUUUAAAACGUAAACUAGCCUCUUUGUGUUAUUUAAAUCCUAAUUUUAUGUUAAUCUGUGAAGUUUGGAAUUCCCAAAUUCGACACUCAUUUCCCGACGAAGAGAAAAUUAAACCUUCUUCAGCCAAAGAACUAUAUGUCUAUCAAUUACCCGAAGAAUGUGCCGAUCGUUCGAGAUCAAGUUCUACUUUGGGUAUUAACAUAGAAAAAGGUUUAAAAGAUAUACAAAGAAGUUCAGCCAUGUUAACAGCUUAUGAUUCAUAUUCUUCCUUGACUUUAUUAAAUACUACUAACGCUACAAAUACAACUAAUAGUUCAUCUAAUAAUCAAAUAAAUUCCAUAAAUAAUCUUAAUACAGAAGGCAUUGAACAUCAUCAAUUACAUCACACACAACAGCAGCAGCAGCAACAUUCUUUUGAUGAUACAACACUGCCAACACAGCAACAACAAACCUCGUUUACAAAUUCUCUAGCAACAACAACAACUAAUAUACCGGCUGCAACUUCCACACGAUCGCAGCAACAACAUCAUAAUAAUUUCGAGAAUAUACGUUGUAAUAUGUCACUGGCCGAUGACGAUGAUGAUGAAACUGAAGACGAUGAUGUACAUGUCGCAACGAAGCAAACACCCCAUAUAAGUCGUAGUCCAGAGAAUACUUUUGUCAAUGGUGGCACUUUACAAAAACAUAUAUCCACCUCUAAGCUUUUACAUGCCACUGAGGUCAAUACUUGUUCCUCUUCUUCGGUUACUGCUACACAUUCCGGUGAAAAUUCCAUGGAAAGUUCUACUUGUGAUCCAUUAACAAAUCUUAACACCACCAAUUCCUCAGAGCCAGACGCUUCCAUGUGUGAAGGUUUGCGACGCAUGAGCGAUUGCCCUUGUCGUUUGAAUGCCUCGGCUGAUGAAAAUAAUGCUCAACGUUUAAUGGAAGCGGAAAUUAAUCGUCAAAAUUUCUUGCAACAAGAAUUAAAUGAUUCAUUACCUUCCGCCGCAGUUGGUUCGAAUACUGCUGAUACACAAACAUUGGGCAAUGGUAUUUUUUCAAGAGUUCCUUCUCAACACUAUAAAGUUGGUAAAUAUUUAAUGGCCGUACAUCGUAAGAUAACACGUCAGGAUAGUUAUUUCUUAUCACAUCAUAAAACUCGCCCCAGCAUUUUCGGUGUGCCUUUGAUUAUACCCAAUUUGGAGGGUGGCACUAACAAGGACUUAUACUGUGCGGUUUGGCUACAGGUUAGUCGUCUGUUAAGUCCAUUGCCAGCAUCAACGGAUCAAGCAAAUCAUGCGGCUGAUUGUGACGAUAGUUUGGGUUAUGAUUUUCCCUUUUCCUUGCGUGCCGUUAAAAAUGAUGGUCUAACAUGUGCUUUAUGUCCCUGGUCUAACUUUUGUCGUGGCUGUGAAAUACCCUGCAAUAAUGAUUAUGUUUUACAAGGAAAUUUAUUUAGCAGCAGCUUAAAUACAAGUAAUGCCUCUACACCCAAAAUGAUGCCAAAAUAUACAACAGGUUCUUUGCCUAAUUUAGAAAAUAAAAAAUCCCUCGCAAAUACCACAAACGACAGAGAUUCUUUGCCAUUGCAACACUCUACAACACAACAACCGCUGGCUACUAGAAAUACAUCAGAACAUUUUACCAUAGCCAUAGAUUGGGAUCCUACAGCAUUGCAUUUGCGUUAUCAAAGUACUUUGGAAAGGCUUUGGGUGGAUCAUGAUACGGUGAGCAUAUGUCGUAAAGAACAAAUAGAACCGGUAGACUUAAAUCAUUGUUUGAAAGCAUUUACCUCGGAAGAGAAAUUGGAACAAUGGUAUCAUUGCAGUCAUUGUAAGGGUAAAAAACCAGCCACUAAAAAAUUACAAAUUUGGAAAUUACCACCCAUAUUGAUUGUGCAUUUGAAACGUUUCAAUUGUGUCAACAAUAAAUGGGUUAAAUCCCAAAAAGUGGUGCACUUUCCUUUUGAUAAUUUCGAUCCAACUCCCUAUUUGGCCGCUGUGCCUCAGGAAACUAUAUUACGACACAAAGAACUACUCGAAAUGAAUGAUAUUUCUAAAACAUUAAGCGACAUUAGUGAAAAAGAUGAUACUACUACCAACACAUUAAAUGAUAAAGCCUUAGAAACUCCAACUACUGCUACACACUCUCCAAACAAUGGCAAUAGUAACAACUCCACCGCCCUAAAACCUAACAACACAAACGCUAAUCUUAAACCUCUUAAUGGUCUAACCAAAGAGGCUCAAUUAUCUUUAAAUGAUCAAGUUAAUAAUUUGCUGAAUUUACACUCAAAUCAUACUCAAAUUUUAGACGACUGUAGUAAUAUUGUUGAGGACAACACCGCCAACAGUGCAACAAAAACUACAACAACUAUACCUACUCAAAAUCCUAGCAAUACCCAUAAUGAUAAUUUACCCCUCAACACCUCAGAUGAUUUAGAUGAUGAAGAAAGUUCAGAUAAAAUGUUAGAUAAUGCCUCAAUAAUGGGUAAUACUUUGCGUAAGAAUGAGGGUGAUCGUACAAUGACUAGACGGAAACGUCUAAUAUCGACCAGUUUAACUAAGACCCCAAUAAUUGAUGGUGAAUUUGAAGAUUUUCAUCAGCAUAAACUGAAAAGUGGUGAAGAUAAAUUUGAUCCGAAAUAUAAAUUAUAUGCUGUUGUGUCACAUUCUGGCAUGUUAAAUGGUGGUCAUUAUGUUUCUUAUGCCGCCAACCCCAACGGUUCAUGGUAUUGUUAUAAUGACAGUUCAUGUCGUGAAAUAUCCAGUCAACCCAACAUUGAUCCCAGCUCUGCAUAUUUACUUUUCUACGAACGCAAGGGAUUAGACUAUGAACCCUACUUGCCAAAUAUUGAAGGAAAGACAAUACCAAAUGGUGGUUUGGGUAUAAUAGAAAAUGAUGAAACGGAUAAUGACCUGAAGAAAAUGUGCACAAUAACAUAAAAUUGAAGUUUAAGGUAAGAAAUUGGUUAAAAGAAAACAAACAUGAAAUUUAAAACAACUAAACACACGCUGAGCGUAUAAUUAAAAAUUGUGAUUAUUAUAUAAUUUAUAGGUAUGUUAAUUUUUUUUUAUAUAUAUUUAAACAUAAUUCUACUUUAAUUUGUAAAAUUUAUGAAGAAGAAAAACCAGUAAAGAAAAUUAAGUGUGAAGUUAAAAAUUAACGAAAUUUUUGGCAAAUUUAAGCAAAAAUAUUGUCAUUAAAGUGUGGAAGCAGGGAGGGAAGUAAUGGUUUUUGUUUUAUAUAAUUAUGUGUAAUUUAUUAUGUUUAUUAUAUAAUUUUAUUUAUGUUUUGUUAAUUAUACAUUAUUAUCAUUAUAAUAUGUUAUAAAUAAAUUAUAUUAGUCGAAUUUAGG